CACUCAUAAAAAAACAUAUCUCUCAUCCGUUUGCUUGCUGAUUUUGAAAAUUGGCUCAGCACUAAUACUGAUUGGACAAGAAGAAUGAUUUGAACAGAUGGAGCUACCUGCAUAUAUAUAUGUUUGAGGAUUACCGAUAUAAUAUCUAACAUGUUUGGAGCAGUGCUAUUAAUUAUAUGCUAAAACAAACAAACAAACGAAUAAAAAACAUUAAAUAGUAUAAAGCUAAGCAUCCUGCUAUUUACGCAAAAGUGGUACGAAAAACAGUACGAAAAAUACUGUAUUUAUUGUAUUUGCAAAAUUUUAAAUAUAAAAGCUGUUUUAAGAUGUUUUAUAUCGUCUUAAGGGUCUCACUCUCGAGGUAUAUAUUCUGAAUAAUGCUUUGCUAUGUAAUAUUUUUCAAAAAUCUAUCCUGACUUUUAUAAAUGAUACUUUAAUAAAUGAUACGUUUAUAACGACUUUUAUAAUGAUCACUGCGCGGUAAAUUUUUAAUUAGCCAAGGGCAAUAUUUCUCUGUAAUUUUUCAUAAUGUUUACUGAGACAAUCUCUUGAAAAAGAAUAUAAGAUAAAUAAAAAUGCUACCGUCACAAAGUGAGUACCGAUGUCAUUUUUUUUACCAAAGUAGCAUUGGAACAUCUUUGCAACAAAUGUACUAAUCUGUCAAAUCGGUCAGACUUUCAGCACAAGAGCAUGGAUUAUAGGUGUCUGUCAAGCGUUGAGACCUCCAAGGUUGCAGAACACUUAUUUUAAUUGUGCURCCAUCGCUUCUUAAGUAUUUUCCACAUUCAUCUAGAAAUUACACGUAUACUGUGAGUGGUCAAAUCAGCCACAUGAGCUCAUUGUGUACUACACAUUCCUGAAAAGCCUUAAUUGACAAAUGACGUGAAUCAGCAGGGCAUUUCACUCCAGUCAUUGCUAGAAUUUCAACCAUUUUAUAACCGACAAAUGGKUAUUYAUUAAUUGCCGGUGUAUUGGUUGAUAAAGAUUAUUUCAARGUGCAGUGAGUCMUCAUUGGACAUCAAGUCACCGUAAAUUGCAGGGUCCUGAUGAGGAGCCUUGGAUAAGUUUACAAGAGCAAGGACUGAACAGACAUGGAUUCCAUUGUGUUUUCUGUGAGCUUUAUUCUGGUGGCUUCCAUGAUGUGUAAGGCCGAAACCGUCAAAGCGUCAAUGGGGAAACUUCAUCAGAAGAGAAGUCAAGGAGCAGUUUUACAUUCAAUGGUGUUUGACAUUAAAGAAAACAGUGCAAACGAGAAACAAUUUGUGGACCGCAUCUUGUCUCUUGCAAACGCUAAAGUACAUAGUACCCAUGCUUCCCUAUCGAACAACGCCAAGAUGAUGAACCAGCGAUCACAAAGGAAAAGAAAGUCAAUAUUUGGUAUCGAUAACCGUAUCAGUGUUGGGACGUCGAUACAAGCUCAGAUGUAUCCAUAUUCAACAGUCGUCACAUUGUCAAGUGGAUGUACAGGAACGUUGAUUGGUGCCCAACACGUCUUAACUGCUGCUCACUGCGUUCAUAAUGGGAAAAAGUUCAUAAAAAGGUCCAGGAAACUGAAAAUAGGAAUGCUGCAAAGAAAUGGCGCUUUCCGAUGGAUCAAAGUAAGCAGAAUCCAUCUUCCAAAGCAGUGGUUAAGGAUCUCGACCAAAGAGCGCGUCAAGCACGAUUACGCUGUGUUGAAACUAAAGCGUCCCCAUAGACGCCCAAUAAUGGCCAUAAAGGCAUCAGAUCUGAAAAGGGGCUCCACGAUGCGGUUUGCUGGUUUCCAUGGCGACAAGGUAUCGAAUACAAUGUGGUACUCACAGUGUCCAGUGAUGGGAGUCAUCAGUGGUGCUGUACUUAGUCACUGUGAUGGCGCUAAAGGCAUUUCGGGUUCAGGAGUGCGUUCAGACAACGCUGUGGUUGGAGUUGUAUCAGCUAUUGGUACAGGAAGAUAUAGAGGCAGAAGUCUUGAAUUCAACGUUGUCAUCACUCUCACUCCAAGAAAGGUCAGGAGAAUUUUGAGAUGGAUGAAGAGAGGAAAUAAGAAACGACGAAUCAGAGCAAGAAGAAAAAAAGCUCAUCAAUGAUUAUUUUCAUCCAUUCAUCCAAAAUGUAACGGAAAUUAUAACUUUCUCUACGUUGAAGCCCGAGAGAUUUACGGGCUAUCCAUUUAUUAACAGUUCACAGCGACGAUAAUAAUUUACUUACAUCAACUCUCUCUGCAAUUGCUCUAAUAACAGAACGGAACUCUUAGUAUUUUAUAAAUGCUCUGUACAACUUGCCACACUAAAGUUGAUAAUUUGAUGGUGAUGUUAAUGAUGAUGACAAAAAAUCAUUUAAGCAUUUGAUCGAAAAUUCUCAGUAAUUAUGAUAUCUACCUGUAGUGUCAAGAAAAGACUGUUCUUUUUUCAAAGUAUUUUUGUAUAAAUAAGCUUUAUGUCGCUAUAUGAUAUGAACUAAGCAGUUUUAUAAAGACACGAACGAGGCCAUAAAUUUCACUGAUCUUUCAGUUUAGAAUUUAGUGUUUUGGAAAAUCCAAUCUUAUUUUAACAAAAUAUUUAUUUGCACUAUGACUGUUAUAUUAAUAUCUCAAUAUAAUAUUAUUUCGCAGCUGAAAGCCAAUGAUUUGUAGAGUCCAAUUGCCAGUUAUACGCUCAUAGUGAAAUCUCUUUCAUAUUUUUCAUUAUAUUCACUUAUAUUUACAACAUUAGUUUCUUAGUUUUAGGUUAAAGUUUUCUUGGUUUUCUUAUUAUUUAAUUCAAAAUGGUUUCUUAUUGGAACCAUGAGAUCAAAUAUUUAUAUGCCCAUGGCAUGAUGAAAAAGUAAAAAGGUUUUCCUUUUGAUAUUCCUUCUUUAGGUUGUAUAUAUUUUGAGAAUAAAAAAUGUAUACUGAAAGUG